AGUUCUAACCACCCAGAUAUCUACUGUGAAACACUCGCACCGUAAAAGCUUGAGCCAUUUUAUUUAGCAAUUUCAGUCUACAAUCUAUUUUUUUUUAAGCACCAAGUAAAGGUAAAAGGCCUAAAAAGUUUGGCAGCUAGCGUGGAUAUUAGUUAUUUGUAUGUGCAUACAUGGUUAUGCAUUUAGCCGCAUACCUCAUACUCAAGUUUAAUGUGCUAAAAAAGCCGAGGCAACAGAGUGUAGAAGUGACGCAUGAAGUAAUAAAACAUUCACAACUGUUAACAGACACAUGAAUGUUGUUGUGCAUACAACCAACAACAAACAAAUAUAAAUAAACAAAUAUUUAUGUGGUUGCUUAACUCGUCGGCUAUCAACAGUACCAACAGUAUCAACAGUAUCAGCGCUUCAGAAUUUAAUCACCGCUCCAUCAUUGUUAAUUCAUAUCGAAAAACGAAAAAAUGAAACGCACGUGAAUAUUUGCGAUUCCGCCAUUGACCAUCUUCUGCCACUAGACUCGUUUGCCAGUGUGUCAACACACACACUAAUGCAGUUAGGGAAUAAAAGCCGACAGCAAGUGUAAAUAUAUGGUUAUACAUAUAUACAUAUAUAUAUAUUCUAACAUUUGAGAGACACAUAGCAUCAUUUUGGCCUUGUACAUACUGAAAAUGAGGUGAUUUGGUGCUCAAAAAUUCGACAUCGGUGACGUGGUGAUUGAAACGAGUCACUUUGCGAGCGUAAAAACCGAGCAUUGCUGAGAGCCAUUUAUUUGUAGUCUCCAACUGAUAAAGGAGUGCUGCUUUCAAACAAACAAAAAGAAAAAAAUUUCACUCACUAAGCCGAACAAGGAAACUAAAAGUUUGUUAAAAUCAGAAACAGCUGAAACUAUGAGUUACGAUGAAGUAAUUGUGCAUUUGGGAGAUUUUGGCAAGUAUCAACGCCUAAUAUUCUUUCUACUCUGCCUGACUGCCGUCUCUUGUGCCUUUCACAAAAUGUCACGCACAUUUAUUUUUGCCAAGCCGAACUUCCGUUGCUUACUGCCCUUUGAAAAUGAAACGAAUGCUGGCUUGUCGAAUGGCUUCCAUCUGGACGAGCACCGAUGGCGAUUGGCAUAUCCGGCGGAAACAGCUGAUCCGAAAGUCGGAUAUUAUGAGGCUUGCGAGCGUUUCGAUCCAUUGGACGCGAAAUACUUCCAGGCUUCAAAUGACAGUAACUGGCCAACGUCGUUUGAAAAUUCAACUUUUAGAAAUGUUACGACUGUUGCUUGCGGCAGCUACGUUUACGACCAAGUGAACAGUGCUGUCUCUGAAUGGAAUAUGGUUUGUGACCGUAGUUUUUUGGUGGCCAUGAGCGAUGCAAUCUUCAUGCUUGGAGUUUUGGUUGGUAGCAUUAGCUUCGGUCAGCUGUCGGAUAAAUGCGGACGUAAACCAGUUUUCUUUGGCUCGCUGCUAGUUCAAGUGUUUUUUGGCAUCUUGGCUGGCAUUGCACCGGACUAUCUCACAUACACGAUUGCACGAUUCAUAAUUGGUGCCACAACAUCAGGCGUAUUUCUUGUAGCUUAUGUGAUUGCAAUGGAGAUGGUGAGUCCGAAGAAACGCUUAUAUGCCGGUAUAUUCCUUUUGAUGUUUUUCUCCGUUGGUUUUAUGCUAACCGCAGCAUUUGCAUAUUUCAUACAUGAAUGGCGUACGCUACAAAUCGCCAUCUCACUGCCAGGACUCCUCUUUCUCGCCUACUAUUGGAUAAUACCAGAAUCUGCACGUUGGUUGAUUUCGAGUAAUCGAAAAGACGAUGCCAUCGCAAAUAUUCGAAAAGCCGCGCGUUUUAACAAGGUGCACUUUAGCGAAGACACGAUUAAUCGGCUGCUAAGCGACGAAUUGAAAGAAAAUUGUGGGAAUUCGGAUUUAAAAAAACCGACGGAAAGCUCUCCAGAAAGCGCCAGAAGUAAUACUGUGUCCGUUUUUGAUUUAUUGCGCUAUCCCAACUUGCGUCGAAAAACACUAUUAAUUUUCUUCGACUGGUUUGUGAAUAGCGGUACCUACUAUGGACUUUCUUGGAAUACGAAUUCUUUGGGUGAUAACAUGUUCAUGAACUUUGUUAUUUCCGGUGCAGUCGAAAUACCGGCAUUUACUUUUUUGUUGUUAACUCUGAAUCGUUGGGGACGACGUACCAUACUUUGCGGUUGUAUGUUAGUGGCCGGACUUGCGUUACUACUCACAAUUACUGUGCCUAAAGAGUCGAACUGGCUAAUGAUUACGUUGGCGAUGACCGGCAAGUUUGCUAUCACUGCUUCAUAUGGAACUGUCUACGUUUUCUCGGCUGAGCAAUUUCCCACUGUGGUAAGAAAUGUUGGAUUGGGGGCAUCUUCGAUGAUGGCACGUGUAGGCGGCAUAUUAGCGCCCUUCAUCAAUAUGUUGGGGAACUAUUGGCGACCAUUACCGUUAUUAAUAUUUGGUAGUGCGGCAUCCAUUGGCGGUCUCCUCUCACUACUUUUACCUGAGACCCAUAACCAACCUACACUUGAAACUAUAGAGGAAGGUGAGAACUUCGGUAGAAGGAAACGUACCGAACCCCUGAACCGGAGUACCGGAGAUAUAUUUACCGUCGAUAAAAUGGAGAGUGUGCCUUUAAAUGAAAAUGGUAACUACACUGAAAGCAAAAAAAAUAAAAUGAAUAGUUGAAUGAAGUACUAAAACGGGAAGUUUUUAGUUUCAAAUAAUGUGUAUAACUGUGUUUUUAAGUUGCCGAGAACUAAUUACUAAAACUGUAUUUAGCACAGUUCGUUGAGAAAUGUCAGUAAGAAUGAGGCUUUAACGAAAUGCCGAAAUAACGCUCUCUCGGUUGAAGUUUUACAGACUUUUUGCCUUACCGAAUGCGGCUCAGUAAAAAUUGGUAACAAUUGUUACUGCCUCUCAGCUCAUCGAACAGAUCAUUUAUACGAUUAUGUGGCAACCAUAAAAAAUACUCUUGACGAAAAAAUUACAACCUAGAAUUUUUGACAACUAUGCCGAACAUAAAGCGAAAUUUCAAUAAAACCAUUAUAAUUGCUUCCAAGAAAAAAUUUCAGUGUAGAAUAACUCAAUUAUAUGACGGAUAGGUACAAAACUAUUAAAAAAUGUUUUAAAAUUUCAAAAAUUUCAAAAGUUUAAAUAUAUACAUAUG